AUGACUUUAUUUCUAUCUGCUUGUCUUACAUCUGCUUAUCAAUACACAGAAACAGAGAAAUUAAGUCCGCAGCUGAUAGAUGCGGAACGGCUCGUAGGCGGACAUGGUGGCACAUGCCAGUUCUCUCCAAAUAAACGUAGACAAACGACAUAUUAUCGCGCAUUUAGAAGUGGCACUGCUUCAAACUUUGGCAAACGAGAUGGUUAUCGACCCCUACAGUUUGGCAAACGAGACUAUCGGCCGUUACAGUUUGGCAAGAGAUCGCCGCUAGCCAGCGCAUACCUCGUGCCAGCUCUGUGA